AUGGCGCCCGCCCACGACGAAAGGCCGUUCCUCCACCAAGACCUGUAUCCCUCGCGGCUGGCGUCGAUCCAAGGCCAUCUGUACUGGGCGGGGCGCGUGCUGCCUCCACGAGCGCUGCACGUCCACCGGCUCAUGCGGCGCGAGAUCGUCGGUGUGCAGAACGUCGACCUGCACAUGGUGUGGAGCAAAGGGCGAAUCUGCAUCAAGCCGCUCCCGCUCUACCUCCUCGAUAGUGCCUUCAAGGAGAGAUACGUCCAAACAGAUCCGGUACUGCAGAGUUACGCGCUAGGGUUCCUAUUCUCGUACAUGGCGCUCGUGGCGACGGAGUUCGAUCUGCACAUCGCCCACGAGGCGGCGCUUCUCCCAAAGACGCUGAAUUGGUCGACGUGGAAGGCCCUCGUGGAAGAGGUCGACGGCGUGCUCGGCCCGGACGCGUACGCGAAGAUCGCGCCGCGCUACAUCCACGGCGAACUCCGGCUGAGCCGGCUCGACAAGGUCUGCCGGUUGACCGGCCAGGGGGUGGUGUACGGCUUUCUCCCGGAGACGUCGACGGCGCUGUUCAGCGAGUUCUACGCGGACCACUUCGGGAAACUGGCGGCGGCGCUGGUCUAUGUGGCGUUGAUGCUGACGGCCAUGCAGGUCGGGCUGGCGGAUGAGUACCUGGUGGGGAACGAGGCCUUCCAGCGGGCGUGUUAUGGGUUUACGAUUUUCGCCAUGGUGGCGCCGCUGGUGAUUGCGAUGGUGAUCUUCUGGGUCGCGAUGGGAUUUUUCCUGCUGCAGUGGUGGAGGACGAGUAGGGAGUUUAGGGGGAAGAUGAGGGCUAUUGAGAAGAGCAAGGCGGGCGGUGAUGGUGGGCCUUGA